CCCCGCCCCUCUUAAGCCGCUCUGAUGCCCCCGCCGCGGCCGCGCGCCACCGCUCCGCUCCGCCGCGCGCCGCUCCGCCGCCCCCCCCGCACCCGUCCCGCAGCCGCCGCCGCUGCUCCGCCGCCGCCGCGCCGGGGCCGCCAUGGAGACCGGCAGCAAGAUGACGGCCCGCCUGAUGCUCGCUGUGGGAGGAGCGGUGCUGGGUUCCCUGCAGUUUGGCUAUAACACUGGUGUCAUCAAUGCCCCACAGAAGGUGAUUGAGGACUUCUACAACCGUACGUGGCUGUACCGAUACAAUGAGCCCAUCAGCCCUGCCACCCUCACCACGCUCUGGUCCCUCUCUGUUGCCAUCUUCUCCGUUGGAGGCAUGAUCGGAUCCUUUUCCGUGGGGCUCUUUGUUAAUCGCUUUGGACGGCGCAACUCCAUGCUGAUGUCCAACAUUCUUGCCUUCCUGUCAGCCGUCCUCAUGGGCUUCUCCAAGAUGGCUUUCUCCUUCGAGAUGCUCAUCCUCGGCCGCUUCAUCAUCGGCCUCUACUCCGGCCUCACCACCGGUUUCGUGCCCAUGUACGUGGGUGAGGUGUCACCCACUGCGCUGCGGGGUGCGCUGGGGACCUUCCACCAGCUUGGCAUCGUCUUGGGCAUCCUCAUUGCGCAGGUGUUCGGUUUGGACUUGAUCAUGGGAAACGAUUCCCUGUGGCCGCUGCUCCUGGGCUUCAUCUUCGUCCCUGCCCUGCUGCAGUGCAUCAUCCUGCCCUUCGCCCCCGAGAGCCCCCGCUUCCUCCUCAUCAACCGCAACGAGGAGAACAAAGCCAAGAGUGUCCUCAAGAAGCUGCGGGGCACAACGGACGUCAGCAGCGACCUCCAGGAGAUGAAGGAGGAGAGCCGGCAAAUGAUGAGGGAGAAGAAGGUCACCAUAAUGGAGCUGUUCCGCUCCCCCAUGUAUCGCCAGCCCAUCCUCAUCGCCAUCGUCCUGCAGCUGUCCCAGCAGCUCUCAGGGAUCAACGCGGUCUUCUACUACUCCACCAGCAUCUUUGAGAAGUCGGGUGUUGAGCAGCCCGUCUACGCCACCAUUGGCUCUGGUGUGGUCAAUACAGCUUUUACGGUGGUUUCGCUCUUUGUGGUGGAGCGGGCUGGCCGCAGGACGCUGCACCUCAUCGGCCUGGCCGGGAUGGCGGGGUGCGCGGUGCUCAUGACCAUUGCCCUGACGCUGCUGGACCAAAUGUCCUGGAUGUCCUACCUCAGCAUCGUGGCCAUCUUCGGGUUCGUGGCCUUCUUUGAGAUCGGUCCAGGCCCCAUCCCAUGGUUCAUCGUGGCAGAACUGUUCAGCCAAGGUCCUCGUCCUGCUGCCUUUGCUGUUGCCGGGUUGUCCAACUGGACCUCGAACUUCAUUGUGGGCAUGGGCUUCCAGUACAUCGCGCAACUCUGCGGCUCCUACGUCUUCAUCAUCUUCACGGUGCUGUUAGUCCUCUUCUUCAUCUUCACCUACUUCAAGGUGCCGGAGACGAAGGGCCGGACCUUCGACGAGAUCGCCUCCGGGUUCCGGCAGGGAGGAGCGGCUCAGAGCGACAAAACCCCGGACGAGUUCCACAGCCUGGGCGCCGACUCGCAGGUCUAACCCGCCGCUCCGGGGCUGAGGUUGGGAACGCUCUGUACAGACCAUGCCGCGGGGCCGCGCGCCCCUGCCCCGGCUCCCCCGCUCCACCGGGGACGGACUCGACCCAUUUUAUUAUCAAGUUUUAUUUUAUUUUUUUCUGCUAGGAACGAUUUUUUUUUUUUUUUCUUUUUUUGGGGGGUUGUUUCUUUGGUUUUAGCUGGUUUCGCGUCCAGGAUUUCAAAGGCGAUCGAUGUUUUCCAGCCGGGGGCACGUUCCCUGGUUCUGGAACGACGCGACGGGUCCCUCGGCGAGAAUCACGUAGCGGAAGGUUUUAAAGCUGGAACCUGUUUCAUUUUUUAACGUUCUAAUCAUAGAAAAGAAAAAAUCACGUAAAUUGACUAAACCUAAAGCAAGGAUGGGUUCAAACCCCCACCAGCUCUUUUUUAACGCAGUCUAACUGAUUUCAAGCCCCCGGGGGGGGUCGCGGACAGCGAUUUCCCACCCGGGGCAGCGGUUGGAGCGCUCGGUGUCCUGGUGCGGAGCCUCCGCUUUGGUUUAACCUCGGCAAUAUUUGCCGGCCGGCACCUCGCCGGCAGCCCCACACUACAGCCCCGGACCCAGCUCCCCUCCCCGCGCUGUGUAUAGACUGGAAGAUAUUUAUAUUAUAUAUAUUUUUGUUCCGUGGUUGUUAAUAGGAGCCCUUUUAAGUUAUAGCGUUUGAUUCGACGAGCGACGUACUGUAAAUACUCUCGGCGUAUAGUCACGUUGUACAACGUCUCCACAAGGUACAGACGCAAAGGGGGUAGUUUUAUAGCGACAAGGAGCAGCUUUGUCCAGGGGUAGGACGACUUUUGUAUAGUUCAGUACCUGCACUGUAGUUGUACCUAUUGCACUGAGUUCCAGGCUGUAGUAUAUUAAAAACAAACCCCGGAAAAUACCUGUCCUCUUCAGAGAUAACGGGAACAAUCCCGGCACAUCCCUGAGCGCAGCUGUGGGAGCUCCCGGCACCUUCCCCGAGCCACGGGCAGGGCUUGAAGUAGCGUUUUUUAAAUGUAUUUGGGUUGGAAUUGAUUCCACGUGAAAGAAAAUAAAGGUAAAGGGAGGGGAGGGGGGAAAUAAUUCACUCCACAAGUUCCCUGUGCUAAAGCCCUCGUGGCGCCAGUGGGGUUUGGUUUAAAACCCGAGUGUAUAAAGCGAAGUGCCCAGAGGAAGGUGCGCGGAGCGCUCACAAUAAAGGAGGAUGGACGCAGUGA